AUGAUCUGCCUCCGCCGCCGAAACGGCAAGUCCGAUAAACAUCUCGGCAUCAAACCGGUCUCAAGCACGAGACCGAGAAAACGAACUACGAAUGGCUUGAUCCCGGCAUGGGUACGUAGGCAGCCUUUCCAAAGGUACGUCGACGUUCUGGCCAAACCUCUCGACAACACCGAUCUCGUCAUCACACGAGAUCGAGCGGUCUCGUCAUCACACGAGCCCGAUAAAACCAACCGGUUUCGUCGAAGCACGAUCCCGAGAAAACAAGUGUUGCCGAAGCGCGACCCCAACCGGUUUCGUCGAAGCACGAUCCCGAGAAAACAAGUGUUGCCGAAGCGCGACCCCAACCGGUUUCGUCGAAGCACGAUCCCGAGAAAACAAGUGUUGCCGAAGCGCGACCCCAACCGGUUUCGUCGAAGCACGAUCCCGAGAAAACAAGUGUUGCCGAAGCGCACCCCAACCGGUUUCGUCGAAGCACGAUCCCGAGAAAACAGUGUUCCGAAGCGCGACCCCAACCGAUCUCGUCAUCAUAUACGAAAUCGAGCGGUCUCGUCAUCACACGAGCCCGACAAGACACCGAUCUCGUCAUCAUAUACGAAAUCGAGCGGUCUCGUCAUCACACGAGCCCGACAAGACACCGAUCUCGUCAUCAUAUACGAAAUCGAGCGGUCUCGUCAUCACACGAGCCCGAGAAGACACCGAUCUCGUCAUCAUAUACGAGAUCGAGCGGUCUCGUCAUCACACGAGCCCGAUAAAACCAAUCUCGUCGAAGCUCGAAUCCGAGAAAAAUCGUCACAUCAAUCUAUUCUCCUUGACGAGACAAAAGAGUCAUCUCGUCAAGUCCGAGAGAAAUUAUCAAAAGCACAUUCUAUUUGCGGACAAGAUUACGUCACUGUACUCUUUUCCCUUCUUAUGGUUUUUAUCCCAUAG